GGGGAAUCCUCCUGUGGGGAUGCUGGCCUUCUGGGAUGCCUCAAGGGGGGUUUUGCUUGCCUUGAGCGGAUGGCAGGUCCCUGAAUGAGGAUGUUGCGCCGGGGACUGCUUGCCUGGAUCUCUCGGGUGGUCCUUUUGCUUCUGUUUCUGUGCUGUGCCGUCUCGGUCCUCUACAUGUUGGCCUGCACCCCGAAAGGUGAUGAGGAGCAGCUGGCGCUGCCCAGGGCGAACGGCCCCACGGGGAAAGCGGGCUACCAGGCCAUCCUUCAGGAGCAGGAGGAGCAGCACCGCAGCUACAUCAGCAGCCUGAAGAAGCAGAUCGCCCAGCUGAAGGACGAGCUUCAGGAAAGGAGCGAGCAGCUCAAGAAUGCCCAGUCCCGCUCCAGCGACUCGGAGGCCCGUCCUGAGAAAGCCCAGGCCGGCCUGCUGGAGUUCCUGCACUCCCAGGUGGACAAGGCCGAGGUGCAUGCCGGCGUGAAGCUGGCCACCGAGUACGCGGCCGUCCCUUUCGACAGCUUCACUCUGCAGAAGGUCUAUCAGCUGGAGAUGGGCCUCACCCGCCACCCCGAGGAGAAGCCCGUGAGGAAGGACAAGCGAGACGAGCUGGUCGAAGCCAUCGAGCUGGCCCUUGAGACUCUGAACCACCCCGAAGGGGAGAGCAGCCCCAAUCACCGCCCGUACGCGGCCUCGGACUUCAUAGAAGGGAUAUACAGAACAGAAAAGGAUAAAGGCACUUUGUAUGAGCUCACGUUCAAAGGGGACCAAAAACACGAAUUCAAACGACUUGUCUUGUUCCGACCAUUUGGCCCCAUCAUGAAAGUAAAAAAUGAAAAACUCAACAUGGCCAACACGCUUAUCAACGUUAUUGUGCCCCUGGCAAAGAGGGUGGACAAGUUCCGACAGUUCAUGCAGAACUUCAGGGAGAUGUGCAUCCAACAAGAUGGGAGAGUCCACCUCACUGUGGUUUAUUUUGGGAAGGAACAAAUGAGUGAAGUCAAAGGAAUAUUGGAGAAUACUUCCAAGGCUGCCAACUUCAGAAAUUUUACAUUUAUCCAGCUGAGUGGUGAGUUCUCAAGAGGCAAGGGGCUCGAUGUUGGUGCCCGAGUUUGGAAAGGAAGCAACGUUCUUCUCUUUUUCUGUGAUGUCGAUAUCUACUUUACCUCGGAAUUCCUCAACACAUGUAGACUGAACACACAGCCAGGGAAAAAGGUGUUCUAUCCAGUCCUUUUCAGCCAGUAUAAUCCUGGAAUAAUAUAUGGUCAUCAUGAUUCAGUUCCACCCUUAGAGCAACAACUGGUUAUAAAGAAGGAAACUGGAUUUUGGAGAGACUUUGGAUUUGGAAUGACUUGUCAGUACCGAUCAGACUUCAUCAAUAUAGGUGGGUUUGACCUGGACAUCAAAGGCUGGGGAGGAGAAGAUGUGCACCUGUACCGCAAAUACCUGCACAGCAACCUCAUUGUGGUCCGGACUCCCGUGCGGGGGCUUUUCCACCUCUGGCACGAGAAACAGUGUGUGGACGAGCUGACCCCCGAACAGUAUAAGAUGUGCAUGCAGUCCAAAGCCAUGAACGAGGCGUCACACGGGCAGCUGGGGAUGCUGGUCUUCAGGCACGAGAUCGAGGCUCACCUGCGCAAACAGAAACAGAAGGCGAGCAGCCAAAAGACAUGACGUCCUUCGGGAGCUGCUUCUUCUCUUGGAGAUUUAUGGAAACAGUCACUUUAGUGAAAGAUGGAAAAAUAUAUCGGAGAUCAGGGCUUAGGGAGAAGGACUACGCCUCUCUCUGCCGGCACAAAGCUUAGUAAGCCUCCAUUAAUCGCCCCAGUUCACUUGGCAAUGUCCGACAAAGGCAGAGAUGAUUAUGAGGUUCGGAGCAGAUGAGGGUUCUGAUUCCUUACUGUGUGUCGGGAUCAGUAAGGUGAGAGCUGUUGUUUUCUGAGCACCUUGAGACGUACUGUAUGAAGGCUAGCGCCUUUAACUUAGACUGAGAGGCAGCCACAUUUAUUUCUAAGGGAAGGAUCAUCUCAAUCCAGACUCUUAAAACUCUCAAAAGCUGCUAGAUCUAAAGGCUGGCAGGGUGGGGGUGGGGAUAGGGGUAUGACAUUUGGAACUUUUGUGUGUUCACUAAUCAAAACCAAAAUGAACCAAAAAUUAAAAGCCAUACACAUAUAUUUUAUCACUUUCUUCUAAGAUUAACCAGAAUUAAUCUGUCCAUAAGUUUGGUAGUAAUUCUUAACUGUCUUGAUUUGUUUAUUUUAUUUAAAAGUGCACCUUUUUUUUUUUUUGCUUGUGAUUUAUAUUCUGCUUAUUUAAAUGUCAAUUUGCGAGCCUUACUGAGAGAGAGCACAAUUUCCUGUACAUUUUUAUGUUUUUUUUUGUCAGAAGACAUUUUUAGAUACAUUAUGUGAAUAUUCAGAAGUUCAUAACAUAGAACUCAAGAACUACAUGAAAACAGAUGCCGAAGGAUGGAUGCAUCCUGUCAGGCAGGCACUGAGCUUGAAACAAUUUAGUAACGUGAAAUGCACAGCUUGAGGGUAUUGAUAAGCAAGAGGCAUAUUGAUAUGGCUAUCCGGCGAGUACUCCUGAAACAAAGAAGUUGAGCACUGGAAAAGAAGAAAAAGAUUUUUCACCUUCAUAGAAAAGAGGGGGGUGCGGAAUCUGUCGAUUAAGGCUGGUGGUUUCUUGAUACAUUCUAAACUCUUUGUACACAUUUCUCCUCAGGAAACUGAGGACCACUUCAAAUAAACCAAAGCAAGCUGUGUGAACCAAACAAUCUCUUUUCAAAGCAGGGUGCUCUUCUUGGCUUCUGGCCUUCUUGAGUUAAAGUGCAGAAAAAUAUAUUUUUGUGAAUAAUCAAUGGAUUUGUCUCAAGAAUGGAACCAAUUCCUUUGCAUCUUCUCAUCCCAGUCCCUCUGGACACAGUAAAAGAGCCCUUUUUUUUUUUCAUUAGCAGUUGUUCUCCUUGGUUCCUGGGACACUUCUGGAAAUCAUGUCUUCUAAUUGUUUCAGAUCAUUGUUUUAAUAUGGCUAGUUUUGUGGGGUUUCUACAUCUCAUUUUAAAUUGGUUGACUCAUUAGCCAACAACAGAUGCAUGGACCGAGUUACUGAUCUGUUUCCCUGCCUUAUGUUUUCCCACCACGAACUCAUGGCCGAAAAGCUUCCUGUUCAUUCAAGCUGGUGUUGUGUAAAUCAUGAAAUGUAAUGGUCUGUACCAGUAGUUUGUAACAAUUUAAAUGAAAACACAAUACGUGAAUGUUAAUGGCAUUGGACAGUUAAUAAAAGAAGAUUUAUGUUGA